UUCUGAUUUGAUUUUUUUUCAGUGAGUCGGAUCAUUUGACUCGGCUCACCAGUAACAACUCCCAAAUGACUCGCUGAAUUUUCUUUCUAAACCGGACGAUGUUUUGAGCUGCGAUUGUUUUUCUUUGCCCAACAACGGAUGGAAUUGUUUCGUUCAUGUUAUUGACGCACAAACGGCUCGUUUAUGCGCGAUUCAGCAUGAAGACGCCAUUACUGCUUCCAUGGUUACAGCACCGCCUUGUCUGAUUGGUGGUUGUUUCCUUUAGGAUUGUGGGUAGUGUAGUAUUUUCACAAUUACUUCUGCAAUCAAACUAAAGUUUAGAACCUUAUAAACUCGACAUUGUCGAAUAAUAUCGCUUAAAUAAUUAACAAUAUCAAUAAUAAUUACAUACUGUACAGAAAAAAAAUACUGGAGUGGUUAUUUCCGGAUUCUUGCUGUUAUUUUGGUUCAAAAGAAACGGUUGGAAAAGAGAGCGUUACGGCUCGUGCUGACACGUGACCACCUUUCUUUACUUUGAUUGGCUAAAUUGAAGGCGUCACAAACAUCAAAUGACCAAUCAGGACGAAGACCUCUAGCGCCAAAGUCAAAUCAGUUUGAACGUUUAGUGUUUGAAAGCAGCGGCGUGAGAGGAGACCUGAUAGUGUCUUCAAAAUAAUCUUAAAAAGUUACAUUGUUUUGGUUCUUGUACAGUUCUUGGGACGAUAAUUAACGACUAUUAUAUUUACGAAUCUUCAAGAGUCAAGGUGAUUAUUUAACCCCAUCAGACGAGGAGUGAGCGAGCGAGAGCCUGCAAAAUGGACACGGUGGUAAAAAAGAGUAAUAAGGAAAACUCCAAGCCGGAGGUCGGUCCAAAAAAAAACGAGUCCAGAAAUUUCAUAUCGAAGCAGAAGCUGACGAGACCUGUGCCGCUACGGUCAAAAAACGAGCCGAGGGAGGAAAACGGAGGAGACGAGUCUGAGUCUAAAGCGCAGGUGAAACCAUCAAAACCAGCCAAGAGCAACAAUUUGGAUCCCAUGCGACGGAAAACUCUGAGUCAGGCCUUCCGUACUGAACAAACCCUGAGACACAGGAAACUGGUGCUGGAAACCCAAAAGCCUCCGUCAUCUGUCCCUCCUAAACCCCUCCUGCCCGGCACCUACAAGGGCAGAGUGGUACAGUCCAAAAUAGACUGCUUCAGGAAGCCGCCGAGUGGCCAUGAGAAGAACCCAAGCGAGAACAAGACCAAAGCCGAGACGGCGGUUCGGUCCAAAUCCGCCACGACACUGUCUACGUCCUCGAGAGCAGGAGUGCAGUCAGGUGUGGCAAGCAGGAUGAAGUCAGGGUCGGACGCAGGGGUUAACAUGCAGAAGACGGUUCCUCAAAGACAGAUACAGAUGAAAGCUCCAGCUCGGACAGCUACGGUCUCCUCCAAACCAUCUACGGUCUCCUCCAAACCAUCUACGGUCUCCUCCAAACCAUCCUCCAAACCAUCUACGGUCUCCUCCAAACCAUCUACGGUCUCCUCCAAACCAUCCUCCAAACCAUCUACGGUCUCCUCCAAACCAUCUACGGUCUCCUCCAAACCAUCUACGGUCUCCUCCAAACCAUCCUCCAAACCAUCUACCCUCUCCUCCAAACCAUCUACCCUCUCCUCCAAACCAUCUACCCUCUCCUCCAAACCAUCUACCCUCUCCUCCAAACCAUCUACGAUUUCUAGGAAACCAGUUACAAUGUCAGCAAGACCACCAACAGUGACAUCAUUCAUCAAGAAGAAGGAACCGUCCAAGCCUGCUGCAGCUGCCAGCGAGCAAAAACCACAAAAGUCCGCCUCAAUUUCCAUCGGCCAUUACCGAGUCCAUGUAGAAUCCGCCGAGGAGAGAAGGGUGAAGUUGGCUGGAUGGUUGGCGUCGAAGGGGAAAACUCUGAAAAGGCCGGCGAUGACUGAGACAUCUGCGCCUCAGACCUGUAAACCUCAACUCCACACUGAAGAGGGAGACGGAGCUCCGCCCGAGGCGAGUAAACGAGCCGAAGCAGUGACUGUCAGCAAAGCGGAACAGAGCGAGGUUCCUCAGUGGAAACCUGCGUUCUCCAACAGCCCGAGUCACAUCCUGAACACCACGCUGGACCUGCUGGACAACUCGGACACGGAGCUGCAAGCAGAGCCCGAGAUCAAGAUGGAAUCGUUGGUGAUAAACCUGUGUGAGCGAUUAGAGGCAAUGGAAACUCCAUCCUCAUGUAGGAGCGACACGAAGGCAGGAGGAAGCUCUGAUGCCGAGGUGAACGUAGGAGAAACAUUUGAAUAUGAGAUUCUGGAGGAGGAAGAACUGAGCGAGGAAGAACCGACGCACACCGCUGGAGUGGAGGAGGACGAUGGAGAGGAAAAGAAAACUUCCAACAUUAAGGAGGAGGAAGAGAAGAAACCGUAUGAAGGUGAUGAAGAGGAGGAGGAAGAGAAGAAACCGUAUGAAGGUGAUGAAGAGGAGGAGGAAGAGAAGAAACCAUAUGAAGGUGAUGAAGAGGAGGAGGAAGAGAAGAUGGACUCCACACCUGCAGAUAUUCUGGAUGCGUGUGUUGUGAAGUACAGCGUAAAAACUACACCGUUUCUGCAAAGUGUAAAGAAGAGGAUGGAGGGUGAAAUGGCUCCAGCUACUCCAGGCUCUCGAUGUAAAAGUUCCAUUAAAGAGUUGAAGUUUCUGACGCCGGUGCGCCGCUCGUCUCGGAUCCACAGGAACUCGUCCCGCCUACCAGACAUGCUGAAUGAACACGACCCCUGCGUGUCCUCCCUGGCCGAGCUCGAGCUGCUGGACGCCGCCGACUCCAAUGCUUACAUCUACAGGAGGAACCCUGCACUGCUGCAGCACCUCACUGAUCAAUGUCCUGAGCCCCAGAGCCCUGACCGCACCUGCAAAUAAUAAUCAGGACAAGAAGCACACAGACUUUAACUACACUAUCAUGCAAAUACUGAAUGUUAACCUGUGGCAGAAAAGAUAGUGGGUUGAUUUGAAUAUAUAAAUAUGCAAAUUUCUAUUUGCUCAUGUACUCCUCUAACAGAAAAGCUGAUGUUUAGAGUCGAUUCAAUAUGAAAAGAUGAACAUUAAAGCUACACUAAAUGGUUUUGUAUGUUUUUACUAACUGAACAUGUAAUUUAAGGUUUAUUUUAUGCAACAAUGCUGAACAACAUUAAUAACUAAAAACAGACCGAAGUGGUUUAAGUUUGUAAUGUAAAAAAAAGUUUUGAAUACAUAAGCAGGUUUUACUUUACACUAAAGAGCCUCAAACCGAAAGGAAGGGUAGAAAUGUUGGAAUGUUCAUGUAUUGAGAAUAUUGUGUUUUAUAGAUAUUUUGAGCGAAGAAAGGUUUUGGUUCUGCAAAUGCUGAUGCAGGAAAAAGAGGUUUUUAACUGCUAUUAUAUUUGAAAGUUUUAUUCUACUAAAGCCUUAUGACAUUACAAGCUAUUUUAACAGUGUCUGUGAUUGACAGGUGGGUAACCUAGCAACACAAGCUGCUAUAUGGUCUAACUAACUGCCAAAGGAAAUGUAUUAACACUUUAAGUUGUCGGUACUUUUAUCCUGCAUUUACAGGCUUACUGCAGUUGUCUUUAAUACUGUAGAUGUGCUUCAAUUAAAAAAAAAAAAUAUAUAUAUAUAUAUAUAUACAACUCUGAAUACUUUUCAUCAGACACGAUUAUCAAUUACUCAUCUGACCAUAAUUACGCAUGUUACUUUUUCCCUUCCUCCUGAUGUUUCUGUAUGUCUGUUUCUCUUUCUUGUAUCUAUUUGUGUACAUAAUUAUGUACAUUGGCUUGCAAACUCAUGUUCACCUUCAAGAAUCGAUCUGUCUUUGUAAAGACGAGAUUCAGGCACAUGUUGUAUUGUAUAAGGGUUUCUUGAAAUAA